CUCCUCCCUGCGGGGCGGCGGCGAUGGCGGAGCGGGGCAGAGCGGGCGGGAGCCCCGGGGGCCCCGUGCAGGUGUCUGUCAUUGUGCCUGUUCACAACAGUGAAUGCUGGUUAGAUGAAUGCCUAAAGUCAGUUUGGGAACAAGAUUUUAAAGGAACCAUGGAGCUGUCGAUUUUUAAUGAUGCCAGUAAGGAUGGUUCUGCUGAAAUAAUUGAAAAAUGGAAGAUCAAGUUGGAAGAAGUUGGUGUUUCAGUAAUCAUUGGGACUAAUGAUUCCUCUCAGCCUCGAGGUGUUGGAUUUGCUAAAAAUCAAGCAAUAAUUCAGAGCUCAGGAACCUAUCUCUGCUUUCUGGAUUCAGAUGAUGUGAUGAUGCCACAGCGGGUUAGGCUGCAGCACGAAGUUGCCAUUCAACACCCAAACAGUAUUAUUGGUUGCCAAGUCAGAAGAGAGCCACUGGACUCUACAGAACGAUACACUCGCUGGAUCAAUAACCUCACCCAGGAGCAACUUCUGACACAGGUGUUCACCUCCCAUGGGCCUACUGUGAUCAUGCCAACCUGGUUCUGCUCUCGAGAAUGGUUUUUUCAUGUGGGAAGAUUUGAUGAGGGUGGAAAGGGUGUCCCAGAGGAUUUGCUGUUUUUUUAUGAGCAUCUCCAGAAGGGUGGUGGAGUGUUCAGGGUGGACCAUUGCCUCCUGCUGUACCGGUACCAUCCCCAGGCUGCCACCCACUCUGUCCUGGAAGGCACCAUCUGGAAUCACCGGGUCAGGUUUCUUGAGGUCAGAGUCCUGAGCUCCUGGACAUCAUUCACCAUUUGGAAUGCUGGCAAGCAAGGCAAGAAGCUCUACAGAAGCUUGUCACCAGCUAAUCAGAAAAAGGUAACUGCAUUUUGUGAUGUCGAUGAAAAGAAAAUAACAAAAGGAUUCUACACUUAUGAGGAAUCUGAGGAGAGACCAAAACCAAAAAUCCCCGUGUGUCACUUCAGGGACGCGACUCCGCCCUUCGUGAUCUGUGUGAAGCUGGACUUGACAGGUGGAGCCUUUGAAACAAACCUGGGCACGCUGAACCUGAAGGAAGGGAUGGAUUAUUAUCACUUUAACUAAACCAAGAGGCAGUAGUUUGCAGACCAGCUCAUGUCAUCAUCCUGCAGUUGAAAUUGAGAAGUUCCUGUCUGUUCCCUUUCCCCAGGAAGGGCAGAGGAGCAGUGGCUGCACAUCUGUGUCUGGAAUGUGGUGCUGCCAGCCUGGAAUGCUCUCUGGAAUGAGGCUGGGAGGGCCCCAGGCAGCAGCUCCAGCCAUCCCACUGCUCUGCAGCUGGCUGGGAACACCCUCAGGGACACCUGAGCCCCUGGGGCACAUCCCACCUCACCUUGGGCACCAGCUGGGGUCUGGGCACUUUCAGGAGGUCGCAGAGGCAGUUCCGUCUCUCCCUCACCACGGGCAGCUCAGCCUCCCUGGGAGGGCAAAAGUUGAUUCCAGUUUGUUAAUUCCAGUGAAUUCAGACACAUCAACCAAGUCUCUCAGUGAUCCACACCACCCCUGCAUCACAAUGGGUGUGUCCUUUCAUUUUUGUACCACCCUAACUCAGGUAAACCACAGCUACACACCAGAUCUGCCACAGGUAACCACUGGCUCAUAAAAUGUCCAAGACUAUUCUUUUUUAGAGUUUUAUAUUUUAAAACGCCACUUACUUGGUUAGAAGUUCAUUUAACUUAUUCUCCAAAGUUAUUUGAUUUGGAGAAGAUUCUCCCAUCCCCUCCAUAGAUAAAAAGCAAAAAAAGGUGAGUUAGAAAUCACUUCAACCUUUUUUUUCACACCUUGGACAAUUUGUCUUAUUUACUACUGGAAACUUUCCUGUGGCUAAACAAAAUGUAUUAUUUAUAGAGUGAUUUGCUUAAACUCUGCAUGACACAAUUGUAUGAUGAAAUCUCUGGAGUCCCAACAAGGAAAAUAUGUGUAUCACAGUAAUUACCAUGCUCCUUCAAAUUCUCAUUUGGCUUCCUGCUGCUAAUACUUAGGGUAAUUCAGAAUUUAAACUGAUUAUUUUAGCACUGGGAGAGCUUGAAGAAAACAAGCAGCUCACUGUGACACUCAGCAACAACUUCACAUCUCUUUUUCUGUAAACAGCUCAAAUCUACCAAGAUAAAACAAUGAAGUUCUGAGUAAACAAGCUCUUUGUCUUUCAUCUCAGAGCAAUGGCCACAGUGCAGCAGGGUACUCAGGGCUUGCCCCAAGCCAGAAUAAGCCAGGCACACCCUAAAAAUGACAGGCUGAAAACAGAAUAUUCAUUUUUCUGCAGCAUUUUUCUGGGGAAGUGUUUUGCUUUGAUUCAGGAACCCAGUUUUUUAUGAGCUGAGCUGCCACUGCUUUUCCUGCAUCCCUUGGUGACAGCAUUCAGCUCAUCCUGCUGCAGUAUCAGCUAACAAUUCCUUAUGCAAUCCCUGAGCAAGCCUGCUGCUCCUAAAUGCAGGUUUCCUAAAGGAGCUCUGAGUCACACCCCACACAAUCCUAAACUUCCACGUGCACUUAAACAAGGAACUGUAACCACAGGCAGAACUGCUGGCAACCACUCCUUCAAAGCUGAGACUCUUGUUCUAAUUUUGCACAGGAAAAUUCAGAAAAAGAGCAGCAGCCACCCCUCCUAAUGAUAAACUCAGCUUUCUUCUCACAAAUAUAAAGUUCUUUAAGCUCAAGCACAGAAAUAAACUGGAAUUGACAUAAAAGACAAAGAGUGUAACAUGCAGUCUGCAACUCUGUCACCCACCCUUAAGGUGUAUUUGUUCUUUGAGCUUGUCUGGGAUGAAUUUAUUUCCAUGAAGUGUCAGUGAAGACAAAAAAGCAUUUAAUGUAAUGACUAAAUAAAUUAUAUAUUUUUCUA